GCGUGAAAUGGGUAUUAUGUAUUAAGUGAAUAAAUAAUCUGCUUAAUUAGUGUCGCCAUACUUUUCAUGUAGAAUACCUGUCCAAUAACCAGCUGCAUACCAAGCUUGAGAUAGCUGGUGUAAGACAUAAUCUUUACCAGGAUCGCCUGUAUUGAUGUUCUGUGGAUUUUGAUAGUGGGUGGAAGGUGUUUGUGUAGUAUCAGUCGUGCGAUUUCUACUACUGCUUCUAUUAUCAUCUUUCUCCUCUGGGUCGUGUUCAUCAUCUGAAAGUUCUCUUUUUCUCUUAUUCUGUUUGUUUUUCGCUAUUGUCUGUUUUGUUGCUAUCUUCCCUAAAUCUGUAUUACUGUCAUACCAAAUCAUUGAGGGUGUUUCUAACUCAUAAUUUGGGUCUGAUUUCCAAGAUUUAUCGCCAUGCAGCAAUUUAUAUUCCUCAUUCGCUGCAUCCCAAGCGUCUAACAAAGCGCUAUCAUCCCAAACGUCUAAACUACCAUCGAUGAGUGCUGCAUCAUUUAAUUCGUCCUCGUCACAAUCCUCGUCGAGGUUGUCGUCAAUCUCAUCAUAAUAUUGUGUCAUUAUAUCGACUUUAUCUGAGUGUUUAGAUUUCUUAUUUUUCCUUUUAGCUUUUGCCUUUUUAGUUUCACGCAACUCUUCUACGAAGUUUGGAUCUGGGAGUGCAGUCGCAGGUAUUUCUUCAGGUGCAACAUCUGAAUAACUUAUAACUUCUCUCCUUGACAUUUAUUUUUUAUCUUAAAGUUGAAGUCUAAAAGACGACUUAAUUCAGAACACUGAGGAUAAAAUAAAAAAUAGAUGUCAGAACUUUGUCCAGCUUACGCGCCAUUCUUUGGUGCCAUGGGAUGCACUGCAGCUAUCGUAUUCACUUCACUUGGCGCUGCUUACGGUACUGCCAAAUCUGGUGUCGGUAUCUCAGCAAUGGGUGUACUCAGACCAGAUUUGAUGAUGAGAAAUGUUAUUCCAGUUGUCAUGGCUGGUAUUAUUGCCAUCUACGGUUUAGUUGUCUCUGUAUUGAUCUCUGGUGACUUGAAGGCACCAAUGCCUUUAUACACAGGUUUCAUUCAAUUAGGUGCAGGUCUAUCAGUCGGUUUGGCUGGUUUGGCUGCUGGUUUCGCUAUUGGUAUCGUUGGUGAUGCGGGUGUGAGGGGUACCGCACAGCAACCAAGAUUAUUCGUUGGAAUGGUCCUCAUUCUCAUUUUCGCUGAAGUUUUAGGUCUUUAUGGCUUAUCGUUGCACUUAUUCUUAACACACGUGCAUCAGAUACUCCAGGCUGUGAUCUCCAAUAGACAGCUAAUAACGAAGAAAACGAAAUAUUUCUAAAUGUUAUUUAGAACAAACUAGAUGAAACGGCUAACAAGAUUUUCAUUUCCUCUUUGUCAUUUUUACAAAAAUCUAAUUUUUCACUCUUCUUCAAGUUGUGUUUGCU